UCUUGUGCUAGAAAUGACUUGCUAGCUAGACACCAUGGUUCAGGAUCUGAGUCAGAGGUUUAACCAUUUAUAAGCUUUUUUCUUAUGAAAAACUGGCACUAAUUAUAAUGUCUAGCUGCCAGAGUUGUUGCAGGCUUUACAGGAGACGCGGGCUGUGAAGACGCUUUGUAAAUUGUGAAGCGUUAUUACAGAACACAGCUUUUUUUUUUUUUUUUAGGAAACCACUGUGCAAAUUUCAUUGCUGGGGAAGAUAACAGGCCUUGAUGCCCUCCAAGCGUCAGCUGAGUUUCCAAGAAGCCGGGCAGCGGGCGCCCGCGGGUUCGUCUCUAGCUCCUCCUCCGCCACAGCGGCCGGGGGCCCGGGUCGGAGGCGGCGGGGGCCGAGCGCCCGGCCUCGCAAGCCCACGGCCCGCUGGGGAUGCCGUCCCGCGCCGGGGCGGAGCAGGCCCCGGCAGCCCAGUUCCUCAUUCUAUCCGCGGUACACGGGGCUGGCGGCGCCACAGGCGCUGGGGACUGCGGGCGGCCAAGGAUGGGUCCGCGCGGCGCGGCGAGCCUGUCCCGAGGCCCCGGACCUCGGCGGCCGCUCUUCCCCGUCGUCCUCCCGCUGCUGCUGCUGCUGCUGUUGGCGCCGCCGGGCUCGGGCGCCGGGGCCAGCCGGCCGCCCCACCUGGUCUUCGUGCUGGCAGACGACCUGGGCUGGAACGACGUGGGCUUCCACGGUUCCCGCAUCCGCACGCCGCACCUGGACGCACUGGCGGCCGCGGGGGUGCUCCUGGACAACUACUACACGCAGCCGCUGUGCACGCCGUCGCGGAGCCAGCUGCUCACUGGCCGCUACCAGAUCCAUACAGGUUUACAACACCAAAUAAUCUGGCCCUGUCAGCCCAGCUGUGUUCCUCUGGAUGAAAAACUUCUGCCCCAGCUCCUAAAAGAAGCAGGUUAUACUACCCAUAUGGUCGGAAAAUGGCACCUAGGAAUGUACCGGAAAGAAUGCCUUCCAACCCGCCGAGGGUUUGAUACCUACUUUGGAUAUCUCCUGGGUAGUGAAGAUUAUUAUUCCCAUGAGCGCUGUACAUUAAUUGACGCUCUGAAUGUCACACGAUGUGCUCUUGAUUUUCGAGAUGGCGAAGAAGUUGCAACAGGAUAUAAAAAUAUGUAUUCAACAAACAUAUUCACCAAAAGGGCUAUAGCCCUCAUAACUAACCAUCCACCAGAGAAGCCUCUGUUUCUCUACCUUGCUCUCCAGUCUGUGCAUGAGCCCCUUCAGGUCCCUGAGGAAUAUUUAAAGCCAUAUGACUUUAUCCAAGACAAGAACAGGCAUCACUAUGCAGGAAUGGUGUCCCUUAUGGAUGAAGCAGUAGGAAAUGUCACUGCAGCUUUAAAAAGCAGUGGGCUCUGGAACAACACGGUGUUCAUCUUUUCUACAGAUAACGGAGGGCAGACUUUGGCAGGGGGUAAUAACUGGCCCCUUCGAGGAAGAAAAUGGAGCCUGUGGGAAGGAGGUGUCCGAGGGGUGGGCUUUGUGGCAAGCCCCUUGCUGAAGCAGAAGGGCGUGAAGAACCGGGAGCUCAUCCACAUCUCUGACUGGCUGCCAACACUUGUGAAACUGGCCAGGGGACACACCAAUGGCACAAAGCCUCUGGAUGGAUUUGACGUGUGGAAAACCAUCAGUGAAGGAAGCCCAUCCCCUAGAAUUGAGCUGCUGCAUAAUAUCGACCCGAACUUUGUGGACUCUUCACCAUGGUGAAAGAACAGCCUUCUUCCCACCCUCUCCUCUCUCACAUACACAUUUUCUGUGGUGCAAUUGCCAAAUCCAUGCUUGAGAUCCAAGAGUCGUCCAGGUUGGAAUGCUUGGAGCUGCUCCCUGUUUCCUCCUCAGAGCGACAUUCAAAGCCAUUUCCCAGUAUUAUGUUGCCAUUUCCAAGAUUGUUUAUUCAGUAAAUAAAUAAACGAUGAUGGCCUGGGAUGCAUGAGGUACUGUUAUAAAUACUCGAGAUCAGUUAGGCUAAAGCCAAACCUAAAGGUCUGGCUAAAACCCAGUCUGGAAGAGUCUGGAAGAGGGCAUGGACACAGCCUCUCCCCACCCUGCUGGAAGGCUGUGGGUGGUUCCCAGCUGUCUACCAGCAAGCCCUCCUACAACGCCCACCACUCAGCACCAUUGCAAUGCCCUCCUUCAGUCCUAUUUAUCUCCCUUGUUGCCCUGCCCCUUCUGUAGAGCUCAGUGCACAUUCCUACUCCUCCAUGAAGCCCUCUCUGAUUCUUUUGAACUUGAGUCCCUUGAGUUUCUCUGGAGCUUCCCAGGACAGUGAGCUCUUGCUGCCUCAUAGUGUAGUAUUUAUAUACAUGUGUUUUCCCCAUCCGGAGCUAUAAGGAGAGCAAGACUUCAUUUGUAUAGUUCUCUCAGUGUCUUAUGUAUAAGAGAUUAAUACAUAUUGAAAGAAUGCAUGCUAAUAAAUGAAUAAUUUAUCAUUAGCUGAUUUGAUUAGAAUCAAUCUAACGAGAACAAUAGUAAUUUCAUACAUCAUUUUCAAGGCAUUUUUAUUUCUUUUUGGGUAUAUUAGAGAACUAGUGACACAGAGGCAUCUUUCUUUCAGCCUGAAAUUAGAUAUUAAGCAGAAUCAAGAGUUAGGGGGAAUGCAUGGGGCUCACCCUGCUACAGAUUGCUCAACGUGGCACAGAAUGCCAGAGGCUAAGGGCCCCUUGGCAGUUUGUGCACUCUUUAUAAUCCAGGUGAAGAAACUGAGGCACCAGGUCAUGCAUGCUGUUAAAUACCAGAACUGGAACUCAGGGCUGUUCAGACCCGGCAUGUACAUCAUGUCCUACUGAUUUCGCAGGUCUCAUCGCUUUGUGUCCUACACUUGUCUUGUGGGAGAAGGGCACCCAGAUCUGAGUUACGAUCAUCUCACCUAUAUCACAGCAUGUUGAUGGGACAUGAUUCAUUUAAAGGAGGCUGGAAAAAUGGGUUGAGUAGUGACAUUAGCCUUGCUAGAUUCACAUGUAAUCUGACUCUGCAGAUGAUGGUAGCUUCUGCUUGCAGAGCUAGUCAUGGAAGCCUUGCCAGUGCCUUGUAUUCACUCCACUGGAGGGUGCUGGGGGGAUGAGGGAGCCGCGUGUGGGGUGGGCAGUGUCACCUACUAAAACAGGUAAGAGUUUGGGGGUGCCAGAAAGCCCUGGGUUUUAUUCAAUACCAGCUCUGACUUAUUUCCUGUGAGCUUGUGGGUAAGUUCUUCCAGCCAUCUGUUUCAUCACCUAUAAGUUGGGAACGAUUAUAACAAUAUCUCCUGUAAAUAUGUCCAAACAACAGUGAACAAUAAUUACAUUCUGGCUGCUAGGAUUGGGGCAAGGUGGGAAAGUUGCACUUUUCACUUUAUGUAUUUCUCCAGUUUUAAUUUUAAAUUAUGAGCACAUAUGACUUCCUUAAUCAGGAAUAAAGCCAUAAAGCUUUAUUUGUGAAAACCACCUCCAAGGAGGGUUCCGGCAAGCCUGGAAUAUCUGAAAUCUGCUGGGUUCUUAUAGAGUGGGAGGUGCUGCUUCCGUGCCUGCUUGUACUAGGUCAGAGCAGUUAGAAUUUUGUGUUGUCUCUAGCUGCCAAUAUUUGUCUUUAGCAGCUCGUCAAAUUUUCCUUGGUGUGGGUUGCUACAUGCCCUCAAUCACAGAGCCAAAACACAGAUAGCUUUCUCCUUUUUAAUUUUCAAAGGCUUGUAGUCUGCCCCUCCGCUUUGGGGAGCACUAAAGUCUGUUUGGAUAUGUGGCCUUUUUGAUGCCAAAGGCGGUCCCACAAGCCUUGUAUCCCCUCCACCCCACUUCACACAGCACAUCUCAAGGAGCACACAUGAAACCUUCACUGUUAACACUUGGUGCUGGCAUCUUGGCUUUCAUCCCGAGAAAAUACAUAAACCAAACCAAAUCCACAGCACUUUAAAAACACUAAUUAACUCUCACCACUGGCCUAGGCUAUGCAGAAAUGGCAAAUCCCACUGCCCCAAUUUUAUGUUUGGAGAAAUCAGGGUAAGCAACGUUUUCAGGGCUUCUCUGAGCCAGAUCACAGAAGCUGACCUGAAGGGCUUGGCCUGGCCGUGCAUCUGGAGUUAGGCCAUUUGACCAAGGGCCAGCUGCCUCACCAGAUCCCUUCUCUACAGCACCACGUGGUUAGUGGCCCAUAACUCCAUUUGCACAUCAGCUUUUGUUUUUUUCCCCAGGGUUACUUUGAUGCCAAACUGUCUCAUUUCCAACUGACCAUUUAUUUAUUUGCUUACUUUUCUUUAAUUCUGGUAGAGCCUAGAAAUUUUAGCCAUAGCUUCCAAGUGUAGCCUGUUAAUUAUAGUUGAUUAAAGGUUCUAUGCUGAUUUUGAAUUUCAACACAAAAGCAGACUAACUUCCAAACAGUCCCUCUCAGGUCCAGUGGCCCUGCCCCUUCCAUCUUCCACCCUGGAGCAUCCCCAGGUCUGGCAAAGAUUUGGGGGUGUCCAGACUCCUUUUUUCCUCUCCCAAUCUGGAUCAGUCAUUCUCCUACCUCAGUUCCCCAGUCUUACCAUCUAUAAAGUUAAAUAUAUCCACCUUUCUUGAAAGAGUCUACCAUAAAAUUCUGUAAAAACAUAAAACCUCAUAAAAUUUAAGGGAAUAUAUCCAAUGGAAUUAAACUUUACAAAGUAAAUCUACUUUGUAAAUAUUUAUUGACCUUGUCAGAAUUUUUAGGUGUUUUAGGGUGCUUGUGUAUAAGGCUGAAAUAAAACUUUUGAAAACAUUUCUGGGAAGUUGUUGAAAACAAACUAAAUGGCCUGUUUAGUAACCCAUAAUGUAAGAUGUUAGUAAUCAGGCAUUUAUAGACUGAAGUCUGUUACCUCUGGCAGCAAAUACCUAGGGAAUGAGUAUAUGGCCCCUGCUUCUAAAGAUUCUUUUGAAUCAGAGGAAAACAUAUGCCCAGGAAAGGAUAUUAACACAGUUAUAAAAUAAAGUAGAACAAAUGAUAAGUGAUAUAAUAUAAGCAGUAAGGACAAUGAAGAAGUGACAGCAUUUGGGAGUGAUUAGGAAAGUUGUUCUCAAAAAGGAUAUCUUUAAAUUUGUCCAUUACUUCAACAACUUUGGUUUUAUCUUUCUUGAUUUUAAUGUGAAUGAAGGAAAAGAAUAUCAGUUUUCUAUCACUGAUCAAACAAAUUACGGUAAACUCGAUGGCUUGAAACAACCAAUACUUAACCAUCACUCUAUGUUCGUAUUUUUUGGAUAUUUUCAGUUUUGUAGGUCAGAAGUCUGACAAGGGUAUCACUGGACUAAAUCCAGGGUACCGAUUGGCAGGGCUGCAGUCCCUUCCAAAGGCUGAGGGGAGAACCUAUUUCCUUGCCUUUUCCUGCUUCUAGAGGCUGCCUACAUUCCUUGGCCCAUGGCCUCCUUCCUCCAUCUUCAAAGCCAGCAAUGGAAGGUUGGGUCCUUUUCUAGCACAUUCUUUGAACCUGGCUUCCAUCAUCUCAUCUUCUCUGACCUGUUCUGCCUCCUUCUUCAACUUUUCUGGACUCUUGUGGUAACACUGGGCCCACCUGGACAAAUAAUCUAGAAUCACCUCCCUAUUUGAAAGUCAGCUGAUUAGCAAUCUUAAUUCCAUCUGCAGCCUGAAUGCCCCUUUGCCGUGUAACCUAACAUAUUCACAGGUCCUGGGGAUUGGGAUGUGGACAUCUUUAGGGGGCCAUUAUUCUGCUACCACAAAUACCUGCUCUGUUGCCCUAGACUUUAUGAAAAAUACAACAAGUCGCUUAUAACCUAGUUGGAGAGAACAAGAACAUACAACAAGUUAAAAGAAAAUCAGAUAACAGUUGAAAGCUAUGGUGGUAGACACGUUACAAGUUGUACUUAAUUGUCAGAUCAUUUCCACAGAGUCUGAUAGUUGCUAUGACAGUGAAGGAGGGCUAAACCACUCAGGCCCUCUUUCACCUCCGCUGAACCUCAAAAAGUUCCUAGGUGGAAAAGACCAUCACAGGAAAUAGAAAAGGCUAUGAGCAAAAGGUGUGUGAGCCUAUUUGGGGGACAAAGGGGAGGCAUGAAAGAAGAGAUGGGAAAGCUAAACAAGGACAAUAUGUCACACUAAGGAGAUGGGAUUUCAUCCUGUAUGCAACAGGGAAGCUCCUUUUGUACAAAUAAUAGAUGGGGUGGUGCAAGAAAUUUUUUAAAAUACAGAAAAGCUCAAAAUUUUUAAAAAUACAGAAAAAAAAUCACCCUAAACCUAUUAUUCUGCUACCCAGAAAUAAGCAUUUUUAAUAUUUUCAUGGGCUUUUUCUAUUUCUAUUUAGGGAGAGCUUUCAACAUUUCACCGUUCAGUAUGAUAUUGGUUGCAGAUUUUUUUAAUACUCUUUAUCAGUGUAAGAAAACUCCCUCCUAUUCUUAGUUUGUAGAAUUUUUAAAACAGCUAUUGCUGUUGUCCCCAGGAAAGUCCCUUUGUGUCUGCACUAUUUUAAUCCCAGAAUAAAGAAAAAUCUGCUAAUUCCACAGGUGGUUAUAUAGAUGCUGGGGUUUCAGCACUUCCUGUUUGACCGGAAACUCUCAGUGAAGUAAGAAAAAAAAAAAAAAAAAAACUUCAGAAAUUGUGGGAGUUUAUUUGUAGAGACUCUUGUUUUCCAGUUAGGACUGUGGGUCCCAGAAUUCUUUGGAAUGACAGCCCUAGUCAAAGUCUAGCCGUUUCUCUCCCAAUUAUCCAAACAAAGGCUGGUUUAGGCACUGCCUGAAAGGAUUUGAUAGAUGUAAUCCAAGUCCCAAACCCUGAAGUGCCUCAACCAAGAGGAAGUCCUAGGUGGGCCUGAUUCAGUCAUAUGGGUAAAAUAUAAAUUUUCCUUUGUAGGCUGGCUUUUACUAAAAAUGAUAUAGCUGGAUUGUCCUUGGAAUCCAUCUCAGCAAAGUGUUAGAAUAAUCUCAAGUAUAAAGGCAGGAGGGGCUGGGCACAGUGGCUCAUGCUUGUAAUCCCAGCACUUUGGGAGGCCAAGGUGGGUGGAUUGCAUGAGGCCAGGAGCUCAAGAUCAGCCUGGCCAACAUGGCAAAACCCCGUCUUUACUAAAAAAUACAAAAAAGUAGCCAGGCAUGGUGGCACACACCUGUAGUCCCAGCUACUAGGGAGGCUAAGGUGGGAGGAUCGCUUGAACCGGGGAGGCAGAGGGCAGAGGUUGCAGUGAGCUGAGAGUGCACCACUGCACUCCAGCCUGGGCGACAGAGCAAGACUCUGUCUCAAAAAAAAGGCAGGAGUAGUAGUUUAUAUAAGAUAUUUAUAACCAGUUUAGUGGUCUAAUAGCCUAUGGAUGAGAAGUGACUGGUACAGUGGGCCAUCCUAGAAAGAGAAAAUCAUGUCUAGGUGGGCUCUAUUUGAUGGAGCCAUUGAUCUGGGGCCAGGUUUACAGUCUCUUGUCACUAUCUGGACUCUGUUCUAGGUAUGCAGCUGGCUGUGCCCCUAUUAGGAUGAACCCCCUGUAGGUGCCCUUUCCCUCUGAUAUGCCAGGGACGCUCUGGGGCUUCCUGUCGUAGGUGAUUCCUAAUGCUCCUGACCCAUGGCAGCCACAGAGGUUCCCCCUUGGAGGCUUCCAUUCUGCCCUGUAACCUGCCCUUAUUUUCAAAUUUGGAAUGUUUGUAGAAGUCUGUUAGUGUCUCUCUCACUUAUUUUGGGGGCAUCAUACUGUUUUCCCAGCAAAAGAGCUUGCAGUCAGCUUUAGCUUCUUCCUUUAAUAUGUGAGGGGUAACACCUGUGCUAUUUGUUUUCUUUCCUAAAUGCCUUCACAGAAGCAGUUUUGAACUAGAGAAUAUACACGAUUAAGUAAAAAGAGUUGAGAGAAAUCACAUGGAGAGCAAUAAAGAAAAGAAACUAACCAUUGUUGACAGUGCACUGUGUUCUAGGCACUAUGUAGCUACCCCCUGCCCCCAGUACCUGCCUUUCUUUAGAGCACAUAUCAUCAUCUGGCACAAUUAUUUUUUAAAUAUUUAUUUAUCAUCCUCCUCUCUCCAUUAAAAUACAAGUUCCAUGAGGGCAGACAAUUUAGUCUUUUGCGUUCUUUUCUAUACCCAAACAUCUAGAACAGUAGCACAAUAAGUAGUUGUUGAAUAAAUGUCUUAAAGAAAAAAAUGAAAAAAGGGGCCAGGUGCGGUGGCUCACGCCUGUAAUCCCAGCACUUUGGGAGGCUGAGGCAAGCAGAUCACAAGGUCAGGAGUUCAAGACCAGCCUGACCAAAAUGGUGAAACCCCGUCUCUACUGAAAAUACAAAAAAUAGUCGGGCAUGGUGGCACACGCCUGUAGUCCCACCUACUUGGGAGGCUAAGGCAGGAGAAUCGCUUGAACCCAGGAGGCAGAGGUUGCAGUGAGUCAAGAUCGUGCCACUGCACUCUAGCCUGGGCAACAGAGCGAGACUCCAUCAAAAAAAAGAAAAAGAAAAAGGAAAGACAUCGGGUUAACUUUUUUAACCUUUAAAAAAGAUCUAUGGGAAAGAUUGGAUAGAUGUCAGAGGUACUUGAUUGUAAUAACUAACGCUCGUUUGAAAAGUGAGACAUAAGAAAGCUUAGAUUUGGCUUAAUUGACGGCAAGUUUAAGAGACUGAGGUUUACUUGAAACUGACAUUAGUAUAAAUUUAAAAUGACUUAGACAGGAAGUCAUGGGUAUUUGAACUAUUUAUAUUCAUUUCAGAUCCUUUCUUUUACAUCAUUUUAUAAAAACUCCUUCCAAAAAAUAGUUCAGUGCUUAUAGCUGACUUUUAGCUUCUUUCUCAGAAAAGAAAAAAAUAAUAAAAGAGGAACGAGAAAGUCAGCUUAAGUACUACCUUCCCUUAUCUUUUGACUGAGAUAUAAGAAUUAUUUGUGACAUAAAUACAUUUUAUUUAAAGAAAGUUGAGGAUUGGAUCUGGGUUAUUUUUUGGACAAGUUAGAAUAUAGUACUUGAUUUCUAAUUGUUAACAAUUAAUGUUUUAAAAAACAAAUGUUAGAGACCGAAAAGGAAUCUAAACCUUUCCCUUUUUUGAAUUGUAAGCAUAUUUUCAAAUGUAUGUGGGAUUUUUUUCUUAGUCUUUCCACAAAUUAUAAACAUCAGCAUUUACCCUGCACUGAGCUGAAAUGAAUAAACAUUUUUUAAAUGAAAAUAAUGACAGUGAAAACCAAUUUAGAAAAGAAAGGAAAAAGAUGCACAUAAAUCAUAGACACUUGGAAGAGCAUGUAAGCAAAGCUAAGAACUACAUUUUUCAUAUUUUACAUUUUCCCUUUAAAAUCGCUUUCCAAAUUGUUGAUGGUUUGGCAGCUCCAAGGAUGACAUCAACUCUUCCAUUGUGCAGUAUCUGUUGCUUUUAGAUAACUUGGUGGCACUUUAUCAGAUUUUGGUGAUUAAGCUGAAUUAAAAACCAACUGGAUUUGAGUUUAAAUUCUCCUAACUGCUAAACCAAACACAUUCCUGACCCUAGGCCUACUUCUGAAAACUUAUAUUGCCCAUAGGCUGUUUUACUUCUAGAAACAAAAGUAAGCGAGAGAAAAAUGCACUCCUUAGAGUUACUAACCACAUCUGUCAAAAUGCAGUAUAUUACCAGUGCAGCUGUUAAAAUGCUUUUAAACCAGCCAUCUUCUUUUCUGCCUAUCUUAACCUGACUGAAAACCAAGAGGACAAUAAUCUUGGCAUUGUUCUCCUACUUCAGAAAAUCACAGAUAGUUAUGAGCUACUGUCUCUCUCAGCAGUUGGGGGCAGAUUCUGAUGAUUAGUAAAGUCAUGAUGAAAAGAUAAUACCAGAAAUUAGGCUAUUAAUGGGGAAGAAAACAGCAGGCUGUGAACAGGUCUAAUAACUUUCCUGCAUGUCCUAGGAACUCACCUUGGAAUACUAGGUGAAAACACUGGCAUUCCACACAUCUGGUCUACUACCCUACACGUAAAGCAGUGCCUUUCAUACCUGAAUGUGCACACGAAUCACCUGAUUCAGUCGGGCUGGGGUGGGGCCCAAAUUCAGCGUUUCUAACAGACUCCUGAGUGGUGCCAAUACUGCUGGGUCUCUGACUACAAUUUGAAUAUUGAGCCCCUAGUCUAGAGGACUUUCACCCAAUUUGAAGCUCAAUCUUUAGAAUUUAAAAUAUUUGUAUGAGUAUUUAAGACUAAAUAUUUUUUCUAAGAUAUCUAACUAAAGACAGGGAUGUAAGACCUUGAAUUUCGAACAGUUUUAUAAAUUGUAUUAGUCUGUUUGCGUUGCUAUAAAGGAAUAUCUGAGACUGGGUAAUUUAAAAGAGGUUUAUUUCGCUCAUGAUUCUGCAGGCUGUACAAGCAUGGCACCAGCAUCUGCUCAGCUUAUGAUGAGGCCUCAGACAGAAGGCAAAGGGAGAGCAGGUAUGCACAUGGCAAGAGUGGCAGCAAGAGAGAUGCCAGGCUCUUUUAAAGAACAGCUCUUUAAAACAUGAACAGAACAAGACUCAAGGAGGGCAUCAAGCUAUUUAUGAGAGAUCUGCCCCCCUGGCCCAAACACCUCCCACUGUGCCCCCCCCCCCCACACUGGGGAUCACAUUUCAACAUGAGAUUUGGAGGAAACAGAUAUCCAAAUUAUAUCAUAAGUAUUUAUAAUCUCUUCCCCCAAAUUUCUGUUUAAGCUAGUUGUAUAGCAAUUUACAUUAUCUUUCAGAUUAUCCAAAUGCCAAAAUGUUUUCUGAUCCUAAAGUAACAUGGAUGCAUUUGCUGAAAAAAAGUUUAAGAUAUAUUCAAGCCAGCAAGACAUGAAGAUUUUAGAGCUCAUCUCAGAAGCUUGGUCUCUUUUCCUUUUGUUCCUGGUUUUCUCCUUAUGUGAACAUUCAGAAAGAAAACCCAAGCUUCUAAAAAAUGGCAAGGAUCUGAGUAUCUACCACCCUAGAAGAAGGUCCCUGGAAAUCAAGAAUCAGGUAGCAGACUUCUUCUCCUAUGAACAUUCUUAGGGAAACCCACUUAGGCUAUGGGUUCUGACUUCUUUCAAGUACUUCCUCUGAUCUUGUGGAAGUACUAUGGAUGGGUAUAGGCAAACCCCAAAAAGUCCCCAGAAAGAGUUUUAGUAGAGAAACUAGGUGAUUAAGAGUGCCACUACUGUGUGCAAAAGAGGAAAAUUCCCCAUGCUCAUGCCUCUUAAAUGGCUGAGAGAUUUCUGUGGCCUGGCAUUACACACCAUGCAUUUGUUUGGGUAGUCAAAGUAGUCACUGGGACACGCAUUGGUCAGUUACUCUGUCUCCAAGGGACACAGAGCAUCUUGCCCAGUGUCAUCAUUACGUGAGCUUGGCCUGCCUCUUGGACUCAGUGAGCCUGUUUUCUCACCUCUCAAAAAUAAAAGCAUAAACACGCCUAUAAUUUCAGAGCAUAUGAAAAAUGGACCUAAUCAUCACAUUCAUAGGGACAAUGGUAGAAUUUAUUAAUGUUCCUAUGGUUUUCCCUUAAAGAGUUUUGAGAUUAGAAACAAAACGUUAUAUGCAAUAUUUGAAAGGAAAAACCACAAAAUAAUAAAAUUUUGUAUUCAGUAUCUCAGUUGUGUAAAAAUAAUAUAGACAUUAAAACAGGAUUAGAGGCCAGGCGUGUUGGCUCACGCCUGUAAUCCCAGCACUUUGGGAGGCCGAGGCGGGCAGAUCAUGAGGUCAAGAGAUCAAGACCAUCCUGGCCAACAUGGUGAAACCCUGCCUCUACUAAAAAUACAAGAAUUAGCUGGGCAUGGUGGCACACACCUGUAGUCCCACCUACUCAGGAGGCUGAGGCAGGAGAAUGGUGUGAACCUGGGAGGCAGAGCUUGCAGUGAGCCAAGAUUGCGCCACUGCACUCCAGCCUGGACCACAGAGCGAGACUCCGUCUCAAAAAAAUAAAAAACAAAAAACAAACAAACAAACGAAAAAACAGGAUUAGAAAGAGUAUACCAAAAUGUUAUAAUGGUCAGUUAGCUUUAGAGGGUGAGAUUAUGGAUAAUUUUUAGUAUCGUUUUCAUUCAAUUCAGUAUACCUAUUACUUUUGCAACUAAAUUUUUGAAAAAGAACAAAGAAAAAAGGCAACAAAGCAACACUGUUCAGGCUGAAGGUCUCCUGGGCCUAAACCUCCCAUCACCAAGAGUGUCAAAAUCUCUGUUCAGGGACUUGGGUCUGUAGUUAAUUGUUGGAUGUUUAUAUGUGGUGUAAAUCUGUGUACUGCCUUGAUGACAGUAACAAACUAGAGUGUCUUGAUAAAGACCAAAGUCAUCAAUUUUCCAAAAUCUGUAGUUGAUUAAUUCUCCAAAGGUCCAGGUCAAUGUUAUUCCUCAAACUUUAUUAUUUUAACAUAGAAGCCCAAAGUUUCCAAGUCUGUCAGAAAAUUCAUUAUCACUGUAAAACAGCAAAAGGUCACAAAAUGUCUCUUUCUACAAUAAAAUAGCAUAUAAGAAAAAAUCUCUUUUUCUCAACAAUUCAUUACCCUGGCAGAAACCAAAAAACCUUUGACAUUUCAGGUCUUUUUGCUUCAGGGGAAAUAAAUGUUCCAUAGAUCAUGGAGAAAAAUGACAAACAAAUUAAUGAAAAACAAAUAUACUCCUGCAGUAUCCCCAGCCAUGCCAGACCAAACAAGUCAGAGUCAGCUUUUAUUCUUGGGUCUUUCCAACUCUGAAGAGUGACAGUUUCCAUAAUGGCAUCAGCACUUUAGUUAGAGAAAGCUGUACACAUGCCAAAGAAACACAAAUUAAAGAAACAUGUGGUAGAAAAACAGAAAGAGGAAUUCUGUUAUUUCAUGCAUAUUUAACUCUAGUGAGAAAGUCAUUGCUGGCAAAGCAUUAUUGAAAUCUUGAGCUAAUAAGUAGAAGCAUUCUAGAAGAUAUGCACUCCCUCCUCAUAGUGCUUUAUACAAAAUUGUAACUUGACUGAAUUUAGCAGUGCUCAAUUUUCCCACAUUCUAAAAAUUCCUUCCUUGAAUUCUGCCUCACUGUCACCACUAAACCUUGUCAGAAGUAGUUUGCAUGUGCUUUCUCCGUAUCUUCAAUUUCCAUUCAUUUACUAAUUUUAAUACCAAAUACACUUCCAUUUUCAUUAUUUGUUUAAACACAGCCAUACAAAUAAAACCAAAAUUGGCCCAGUGCAGUGGCUCACACCUGUAAUCCCAGCACUUUGGGAGGCUGAGGUGGGUGGAUGAUCUGAGGUCAGGAGUUCGAGACCAGCCUGGCCGACAUGGUGAAACUCCAUCUCUACUAAAAUUACAAAAAAAUUAGCCAGGUGUGGUGGUGGGCGCCUGUAAUCCCAGCUACUCAGGAGGCUGAGGCAGGAGAAUCGCUUGAACCUGGGAGGCGGAGGUUGCAGUGAGCUGAGAUCAUGCUAUUGCACUCUAGCUGGGGCAACAAGAGCAAAACUCUGUCUCAAAUAAAUAAAUAAAUAAAUAAAUAAACAAAAUUCACUAUGACCCUUAUUCCCUGUCCCCCUCCACAGAGGUGACCACUGCUAACAGUUUGGACUUUAUAGACCACUUAGAUGUGCUUAUAUAUA